AUGAAUGUGUUUGAAUCUCUACAAUCUAUGGUUGAUAGACCUAAUAUCCCAUGGAAAUCUAUUAUAUUAGGCUUUACGUUUGGCCAAUUCGUAUUUGAAACAUAUCUAUCAUACCGUCAAUAUAAAGUCCUGUCUAAAAAAGAAUUACCUCCCGUUUUGGCUAAUGAAAUCGACAAAGAGACCUUCGAGAAAUCUGAAGAAUAUUCCAAGGCCAAAAUCAAAUUUUCGAUCACUUCUGACAUAUACAGUUUGAUUCAAAAAUUUUGCUUUAUUCAACUCGACUUAUAUCCACGUUUAUGGAGUUGGGGUAACCAUGUAGCAUCAUUUAUCCUGCCUGCUAGAUUCGCUGCCGUCUCAACAGUUGCGCAAAGUCUUUGGUUUCUUCUAGUCAUCUCAAAUAUUUCUACUGUUUUAGAUUUGCCAUUUUCUUACUACAGUCACUUCGUUUUAGAAGAGAAAUUCGGCUUCAAUAAGAUUACCGUCAAAUUAUGGAUAACUGACAUGAUUAAAAGCAGUUUAUUAGGUGUUGCUAUCGGCGGUCCAGUUCUUUAUGUCUUUUUGAAGAUUUUUGACAUGUUUGAAACAAAUUUCCUUUGGUAUAUCUGUCUCUUUAUUUUUGUCGUCCAAAUCUUAGCAAUCACUAUUGUACCAGUUUUCAUUAUGCCAUUAUUCAAUAAGUUUACACCAUUAGAAGAUGGAGAAUUGAAAACUUCAAUUGAAAAAUUAGCCAAGAGCGUUAACUUCCCAUUAGAUAAGAUAUUUGUUAUCGAUGGUUCCAAGAGAUCAUCUCAUUCAAACGCUUAUUUCACAGGUCUACCAUUCACAAGCAAGCGUAUUGUGUUAUUUGACACUCUAGUCAAUACCAGUUCUGUCGAUGAAAUCACAGCUGUUUUAGCACACGAAAUUGGACACUGGCAGAAAAAUCAUAUAUUAAACAUGAUUAUUUUCAGUCAACUACACACAGUUGCUAUCUUUUCCCUCUUCACCAGUGUUUACCGUAACUUAUCAUUUUACAGUACUUUUGGAUUCCAUUUAGGCGAAUCAUCCUUAUCCACCUCGAAUGCAAUCUUCACAAAUGGCUUCCCUAUCAUCAUCGGAUUCAUGUUUUUCAGUGACUUAUUAUCCCCAAUGGAGUGUGGUAUGCAGUUCAUGAUGAGUUUAAUUUCAAGAGUUCAUGAAUACCAAGCUGAUGCGUAUGCAAAGAUGUUAGGUUUCGAAAACGAUCUAUGCCAUGCCUUGAUUAAUCUACAAAUUAAGAAUUUAUCCACAAUGAACGUUGACUCAUUGUAUUCAAGUUACCAUUAUUCUCAUCCAACAUUAGCAGAAAGAUUAACUGCAUUAAAUUAUGUCAGCGAGAAGAAGAAGGAAUAA